GAAUUUUAUUAAUUAGAGUAAGUGUUAAUAUAUUUUUUUAUGUGAUUGGUUUGAUCGAUUUUCUUUAAACUAUGUAAUAGUUGGAUGUAAAGCACCGUGAAUCUUUGAGCAUGAGAAAGUAGAGAAAAAGGGGAGAAAGUAGAGUAGAGAAAAAGGGGAGAAAGUAGAGAAAAAGGGGAGAAAGAGUUGACUAUGCGAAGCAGAGGGCAGAGCAGAUUACUUGGGAAGGGUUUAAGAAGGCUGGUGGUAGUGGUAGGCUAAACCCCGGGGCCCGGACAAAAGGAGGAUAGCGCAAUUUUGGGUAAGAAAUGGAGACAAGGGCUUUUUAUCUGCUAACAUGCACCGCUCUCCCGCCCUGCUCACCCUUAUCAGGAUUUCAGAAAGCUUUUCCCACGAUACCUACUUCCAAGACUUUGCUUAGAUGCAAGAAGAUAGAAGAGCGAGACUUAUACGGACUUCCGAAAGAAUAUUACGAUGAUGAAUGGCAAGCAAGGCAGAGGGAAAAGACAAAGGAAUUGCAUAGGAGGCGGCAAGAGGAAGAUGAGGAAGAGGAAAGAAAGGUUGAUGAGUACCGUGAAAUUGGGUUGCGACUGAAAAGUUAUCCAGAUGAAGAGCUUCGCAAAGCCAAAAAAUUAGUUUCGAGCUUCAUAAGAUCGGCUGAAGAGGUGGAAGAGAAAAUUGAGGAAGCUGCUGAGAAAGGUGAACUGAAUGAACUAGUACUGUUGGUGAUAUGGAAUCGCCUAGAUCUCGCUAGACAUGAUGAUGAGAAGGAUGCUGUUAGAAGUCUUGAUCUCUUGUACAGGAGGGUCGAGACUGAGAUAUUGAAACGGGAGGCUACUCCAGCAAUGAGGUUGCUUAAUGAUCUCUUGAAUAUGCAUGACGGAUUUGACGAUGAUGGCUGGCUAAAGGCAUGUAAGAAGCGUAUGGUUGAAACUUUUCCCAGAGAGGAUCCCUUCAGCAUUCUUGUACCACCUGGAUUUGACAUUGAUAAGCAGCAAGGACCAAUGAGGCCAACCAUUGAGGCUGAUGAUGUUCUUUUGAGGGUAGAUUUUGUACGAGAAGUCGAUGCACUGCUGCAAGAGAUUCGAUCUGAGCAAGACGAAGCAAAUACACAAGCUCUUGAUCCAGAAUCAGUUGCUAGUAGGUUAAAACAGCAGGAGAAACAACGGGCCAUACACCAAGUAGAAGCUCUAUUGGAUCUGACCAUUAAUUUGACCUGGUAGUCAUUGCUUCGUGAGAUUACUGUCAUCGUCCAUGACCAUGAGUGGUGAACUUCCAGCCAGAACCAACAAAAGCUUACUGUGAGAUUUAGGAGCUCUUGUAGCAAGUCAGUGUCUAUUGUUACGUAAUACUCACUUCUCUUCUCC